GGCAACUGUGCGCACUGUGCAACACGCUGUAGUUGUUCAGUUUAAUUAAAUUAAUAUUCUUGAUAAAAAUGGCUGUGUUACCACCAGAUCCCGUGUUCAGUUUACGUUGCCCGGAAAUGGGAGCCGUGAAUUCACUGUGCUUCCAUGAAAGCGAACGUCUGCUGGCCGGCACACUUAAGGGAAAAGUAUUUCUUUGGGAUCUACAGACAAACAGAUCGGCACUGCACUUUGAAGUGGGCAGUGAGCCAAUCACGAAUUUACAUCAUACAAAAGAGCACCUGGUGACGCAGGAGAAGGGUGGCACCAUCACCACGUAUUCCAUCAGCAACAGCAGCUAUGUGAAGGAACGCAGCAUUCCGGGAAAUCAUCUUGGCUAUUGUCGCACUGCUCUCCACAUCAAUCCCAAUAAUACAAAUGAGCAGUUGCUUUUCUAUCCGUGUGAGGAGUCUUCAAUUGGUGUAUUGCACGUUACGGAUCCAGCGGCACCAACACAGAUGCUGGUGCCAGAUGAUCCACAGCUGCCGAAACUGGGCAGCGUCACCUGCUUUAAACCCUUCGAGUGCGCCUCGCAGCAGUUUCUGCUCGCCGGCUACGAGUCGGGACACUUUCUCACCUGGGAUCUCAGCUCUGGCGAUAUGAUAGACAUUAUGGAGCUGGCACCAGAGGCUAUGACGGUGGACUAUGAUUCAAUAACGAAUCGCGGCAUUGUUGGUGGCGCCACCGACAAACUGACAACCUUUAGCUACCAACGACAGUCCAUGCAGAUGCAACGCGGCACGGAGCUGUGCAUCAAGAAUCCUGGAGUCAACUGCGUGCGCAUACGUCCAGAUCAAAAGGUCUUUGCCAGCGCCGGCUGGGACGGACGCAUACGCAUCUUCUCGUGGAAGAGUCUACGUCCAUUGGCUGUGCUUACCCAGCACAAGCAGGGCGGCGUCAUGGAUUUGGCCUACUCCCCGCAACCGGUGUCCAUGUGGCGAGCCCCUAUCAUGGCAGCAGCCGGCAUGGAUGCCCAGAUCUCGCUGUGGGAUCUCUACAACUAACCGAUCGAUCGAUCGACCGACUGAUCGCUUCGGUAUCUGUUACUAUUUUAAGUGUUACAGUUUGAGUUUUAACUUUCUGACUGAGAACUUCCCUUUAGGCAGCUUAAUGAUAGUUUAUCCUUAUAAUUAAUAAUAAAUAAAAAUGAAUUCUUAUUUGAAAUGAA